AUGACCUUUGCCGUCGAGAAGAAGGCAGGUCGCCCUGAGUCAUCGACCACAAUCUCCAGCGACGAUGUCCCAGCUACCACCAACAAGGAUCAGGAGAGCAACGUUGCUGUUGGCGGCGACCUGAUGGCUGAACGUCCUGAGCAAGGAAGCAACAUGUCGGCCUUCUUCAACAUUGUCUGUGUCGUUGCUGGAACUGGAACCCUCGGUCUCCCCUACAGUUUGGCCAAAGGUGGAUGGAUCGGCGUCGGAAUCCUGAUCCUGUCCAUGAUCAUGUCGAUCUACACCGGUAUCCUGAUUAUCAAAUGCAUCUACUACAACGGCCACACCCGCCUGGCAUCCUACCAAGAGAUUGGACAGCACGCCUUUGGCAGAAUAGGUCUCAUCGCCGUCUGGUUCUUCCAUACCUCGAUUGUUCUCGGUGCCCCCGUUAUGUAUUUCAUUCUUUCAGGAACUCAGAUUAGGGAGUUGACGGUGGCCCAUGUGAAUAUUCCCGAGAAGGCUUGGAUCUGGAUCUGUUGUGGAGUUGUGUCGAUCCCUUUUGUGCUUAUGAAGUCGCUCAAGGAGGUUUCAUUGUUGAGUAUCUUUGGAGUCAUUGCAACAGCAGUGUUGGUUGGCGUGACAAUGGUCGAGUCCGGACUGGACUACAAGAAUCACAAGGACACCGUCCAGUACGACGCCGCCAUCCUCCGCAACCUCCCCAUCGCCGUCGCCACCAUCUCCGUCUGCUUUGGCGGAAACGUUGUCUACAUGCACGUCGAGGAGUCCAUGCGCUACCCCCGUUCCUGGAACAAGAUCCUCGUCUGGGCCAUGAUCGCCUGCUGUCUCAUGUACGCAAUGGUCGCCGUGCCUGGCUACCUCACCUAUGGCCCUUCUUCUCAAUCGCCCAUCCUCCAAUCCUUGCCCGAGGGUACCUCCCGCAAGGUCGCCACCAUCAUGAUUGUCGCCCACGUCCUCUUGGCCGCCCCCGUCUUGAUGACCUCGUUUGCAUUGGAGGUCGAGCGUGUGUUUAAUAUCUCGGUCGAGAAGCGCGGUGUUGUCCAGGAGAGAUUGUACCGGACUGUCACGCGAUUGAUCAUCAUGGGCGUCGUUGGAGGCAUUGCUUGCUUGGUGCCCUUCUUUGACUCUUUCCUGUCGCUCUUGGGAGCCUUGGGGAACUGUAUGUUGAUCUAUGUGUUGCCUAUCUUCUUCUACUGGCGCUUGAUUGGAUGGAGACAGAUGCCCUGGUACGAGUUGUUGUGGUGCGCCAUCAUCCUCAUCAUUGGAUUGCUUGGAUGUGUCAUUGGUUCCAUCGAUGCCAUCAAGGCUCUCCACCAUGACUUUACAUAUGGUCGACCUGACUCAUCCUAG